CCUCUUGGCUCCCCUGGGGCAGGGCGCAGUUCCUCCCAGUUCCCCCCUGUUACCCGCUCCAGUGGCUCCCGGUAUCCUCCGAUUUCUCCCAGUUCAUCCCAGUGCCCUCCUGGUGCCCCCCGUGUUCCCUAGUACCUCCUAGUUCACCCCACUUGCCUCCCAGUGCCUCCCAGUCCCCCCAGCCAUGUUGUCCCCCACAGGUACCAGCAUCAUGGAGUACGAACGCAGGGGGGGCCGUGGGGACCGGACAGGGCGCUAUGGGGGGGCCCCCGCCCCCCCCGAUGAAGGCUCACGUGCCCAACGGGAUCACGAUUAUCGCGACAUGGACUAUCGCGGCUAUGGGGGCCCACCCGAGGGGCCCCCUGCCCCUGGGACCCCCCCUCAGGCCUCCUACGAGGGCUCGGAGCCCCCCCGGAAGCGGGAGCCCCCCCCGACACCCCCCACGUUGCCCUUCGGUGCCGACGGCGAUUACCGGGACCAGGAUUACCGGCCGGAGGCCACCGAGGAGGAGCCUCGGGCCAGCACCAUCGUCAUGCUCCGCAUGCUGCCCCAGGCUGCCACCGAGAACGACAUCCGGGCGCAGCUGCAGGCACAGGGGGUGCAGCCCCGGGAGGUGCGACUGAUGCGCAACAAGUCAUCAGGUCAGAGCCGUGGAUUCGCCUUCGUGGAGUUUCACCACGUCCAGGACGCAGCGAGAUGGAUGGAGGCCAACCAGCAGGGGCUGAUCCUGCUGGGCCAGCGCGUGUCCCUGCACUACAGUGACCCCAAGCCCAAGAUCAACGAGGACUGGCUCUGUGCCAAGUGUGGAGUGCAGAACUUCAAGCGGCGGGAGAAGUGCUUCAAGUGCGGGGUCCCUAAAGCUGAGGCAGAGCAGCGAGGUCCUGGGGUGCCACGUCCAGAGCUGGUGCCAGGUGGGGGGGGGCUCCUGCCCCUUCCCCAGUCCUAUGGCCCCACCCUGGGGGGGCCUCCUGGGGGGACCCAAAGUGGGACUGAGCCUGGAGCCGAUAACGCCAAUGACACCAUCAUCCUGCGGAACCUGCACCCCCAGAGCAGCCUGGAAUCCAUCCUGGCUGCCCUCGCCCCCUUCGCCGCCCUCUCGCCCGCCAACGUCCGCGUGAUCAAGGACCGGCAGACCCAGCUCAACCGCGGCUUUGCCUUCGUGCAGCUCGCCACCAUCGUGGAGGCCUCCCAGCUGCUGCAGAUGCUGCAGGCCCUGCACCCCCCCCUCCACAUCGACGGCAAGAGCAUCAACGUGGAGUUCGCCAAAGGCUCCAAGAGGGAGGGGCAGGGGGCGGGGCCAGGGGAGGCCCCGCCCCGUGCCAGUGCCGCCUCCGUGGCCUCCACCGCCAUCGCCGCUGCCCAGUGGGCCCUCUCUCAGGCAGCUCCCGGGGCAGAGACCACAUGGGCAGGGGGGGAGGAGCCUCCCAGUGACUUCAGCAGCUUCUACCAAUCAGAGGAGACCUUCGCCAGCCCCACCCCCCCCACCCUCUACAGCUCUGCCUACAUCAAGGGUGUGGCGGCCCCGCCCCCCGGCCCUGCCCUGACAGGCCCCGCCUCCUCGAAGACAGAUGGCCCCGCCCCUGGUGAGUGCCUCAUCCCCCCACAGGGGACCCAUCGGGAGGACCCAGGCAUCCGGGCCCCCAAUAGCCGUGUCCCCCCCCAGGUGCAGAGGAGUCGGUGGUGCCGGGGUUGGACCCCUCAGCCGGGGGGGGGCUCCUUCUCCCGCGCCCCCCCCGGAGCCUCCCCAUACCCCUCCCCAGCUGUGGAGAGCCCUGCCCCGACAGGAGGCCCUGCCCAGGCCUACACGGGGACCCUCAAGCCCGAGCCUGCAACCCCAGCCCCCAGCGGAGCUCCAGCAGCCACCCCCCCCAGCUCCGAAUCCUACGGCCAGUACCCUGUGCCAGAUGUUUCCACCUACCAGUAUGACGAGACCUCUGGUUACUACUACGAUCCCCUUACUGGCCUCUAUUAUGACCCUCACUCCCAGUAUUACUACGACGCUGGGACGGGUCAGUACCUGUACUGGGACGGGGAGCGACGCACCUACCUGGCUGCCCCUGCUGCUGAGCCCACCCCUGGCCCCCCAGGCACCCCUGGGACCCCCAAGGAGCCCAAAGACAAGAAGGAGAAGCACAAGACCAAGACGGCUCAGCAGAUUGCCAAGGACAUGGAGCGCUGGGCGCGGAGCCUCAACAAGCAGCGGGAGAGCGGGCGCAGCGCCGGGCCCCCCCCGGCCCCCCGCGAGGACGAGCGGCGCGAGGCGGCGGCCGCGGACGCCGGAUACGCCAUCCUGGAGAAGAAGGGCGCUCUGGCCGAGCGGCAGCACCUGCCCAUGGAGCUGCCCAAGAUGGCGCCGGACGAGCGGAUGAGCCCCCCCCGGGGGCUGGUGGCUGCCUACAGUGGGGAGAGCGAGAGUGAGGAGGAGGGGGAGCGGGGGGGCCUGGGGGGGCCCCCCCCAGACCGGCCUGGGGAGCCCCUGACCGACUGGCACAAGCUGGCCUGCCUGCUCUGCCGCCGGCAGUUCCCCAGCAAGGAGGCCCUGCUCCGCCACCAGCAGCUCUCCGGCCUCCACAAGCAAAACCUGGAGCUGCAGCGCCGGAACCACCCGCCCCCCCCCGAGGGGCUGGACCGGGGGGACAUGGAGAUGAAGUACCGGGACCGGGCAGCCGAGCGCCGGGAGAAGCAGGGGGGGCCUGAAGCCCCUGAGCCCAAACGCCGCAAAUUUGGAGGACCCCCCACCCCUGGGGAGCCGGAGGGACCCCUCCCCCGCGAGGCCACCCUGGGGUGUCGGAUGCUGCAGGCGAUGGGCUGGAAGGAGGGGACAGGGCUGGGGCGGCGACGAGAGGCCCCCACCCGGCCCCGCCCUGGGGGGGUGACACGUUUCAGCGAAGGACCCUGACGCCCCCCCCCGGGGACCCCCAAAACAGGAGUCGUGUCGGGUCUCCGUGGCCCCUCCCAUCCCCUCGGGUGCUUUUGGUUGUUUGUUUUUUUUUUUUUAAUAAAUGGAUGAAAAAAAUAUAAA